GCCAGGCAAACGCAAGGAAGAAGCACCUCUUCUACCCCCAUAGGACAUUGAAAGCGGCCCUGCUUUUCCUUUCUUGUCCAAUAUAGUGCUAAAUUAAUGUGGUGGUAUAUUCAGUACAUGUCAUGGGUUUAAGAAAUCCACCUCAUCAUCAUUAGGAUUAAAACAACAAUUCUACUGGGACUCUGUUUCAGUCAACUUGUUAUUGUUUCCUCUUCCACUGAUAUUCCAAAUCCAAAAUGUCGUCAACAGAGACAGCUAAUAAGCUAAAGAUCGCCUUGCUGAAGCAUCCAUAUCGAAAGCUAAUGCAGUGGCAGCUGAGUCGAGUAAAGCCGGAAAUGGUUACCGUUCAAGUGAACAACGACGUCAAGAGAGUUCACAGCCAACAGACAUUACUGCAGAGCUGCCAUAAGGAUUUCAAAAAGAAAGUCCCGUACUUUUACGUUCGUUUUCUUGUACUAUCUUCUGGUUCUAUAUGAAGAAAUAAAUACAGACUUGAGCAGGCUUCGAUUGUAAAGUUGUAAAAAGUGUUUAGUCCUCCGGGCUGAUGAUUGAGAUGGACUAGUGAUAAUCUAUCUCAGACUCAGACUACGACUAGGCUCUUGUUCUUUGAGCUUGCUGUUGCUAUUGAUUUUUAUAAGAUCUUCCUAUACUUCAGUGGCAGUUGCAGAUAUUAUUGAUGAUGAUAGAAUACUCACAACCUACAACUCAUACAAGUGUUUCCUGUUGAAGAGGGUCACCUCCGUCAGUUAUGUGGACAAGGACGAGGACGGCGUAACUAGUCUAUGCAGCUAGUAAUGAAAAAGAAAUUAUCACCCCAUCAUUUUGAUUUUCAGAUUCAAUUGUCGAGCGGGAAUAUGUGGAGCAUGCGAAGCACAAGUGGCAUAUGGCCCAUUAGGCAAAUUUUCGCAGGAAAAGCUUUGUUAUACUCCAGUGAAAGACGGCGUGCGCGUUCUUACACUUGAUCAGGCAAUGAUGAAUUUCAGGCAAGGAACAGCGGACGAAUAGCAUGCGAUCUUGACCAUCCGACUAAUAAGUAGUUCAAGGGUACCGUCAAUCCAUCUCUCAAAGCACCAUUUAGCCAGUUUCUAGUUGAAAAGUGCUGAGAGACGUUCUAAAAGAUGGGCUGCCGGUACCUGGCUCUAAGUGAUUGGUCAGCAUUAGUAAUUACAGCGAUUUAUUGCUGUUUCUCCUCAAGAAUCUAUUGAUGAAAGACAACCAGGGACUACUUCUAAAACCACAAGAUUUGACAGAAUUUUGCUGAUGCUGUUGCUGGAGGUUGUAACCACAUAUAAUGCAACGGCUAUAGCGGAAGUCACGUAUGAAGUUUGAGAAAGAAGCAUCCGCAUUAAGACACACUGCACAGAUUUUGAUUUUCUUCAACGCAUAUAAUCCCCAUAUAUUAGAGUCGGAUGUUUGAGCGUGGUGAUGCCGACAUGAUAAUGAAUUUUCAUGAAUAAGGCAGGUGAGUAGAAGCACUUGUAUGAUGUCACCGCACGACCCGCAGCCAGAAAAAUACUCAUACGUCUGUGACGAUUGAGAAUAUCACCACAUGCACAUGCUACAAUAGUCGAGAAGCAGCUGCAUUUUAAGCACAAUCACUGUUGUCGUGACUUCCGUACUUCUACGCGCACCCACAUUUUUACUUGGUUAUCUGCACCAAGGAUUGCAACCUGUAGCUCAAUAUUGGUCCCGGCGCUAGAAAGGAGGUCUGCGAUCACAAACGGCAGUCUCCAAAUUGGGUUUGGUUAUGAUGUCCAUACAGCAUUUUGCGGUGCCUGGCUG